AUGAAGGCCAAUCUAGUGGAGAUGUUUUCACGCGAAGGGAUUCAUAUCAGAUCCAUCGCUAACAGUACAAACCCGGAGUUUGUUGCUGCGGUACCGGGAAAGGAUGGACAGCUUGUUGAGCUCGGCCGGCAACACCCCGAGCUCGGCCGGCAACACCCCGGGCUCGGCCGGCAACACCCUGAGCUCGGCCGGCAACACCCCGGGCCUUCACCGGCAACACCCCGGGCUCGGCCGGCAACACCCCAGGCCCGGCCGACAACACCCCGGGCCUUCACCGGCAACAACCCGGGCUCGGCCGGCAACACCCCGAGCUCGGCCGGCAACACCCCGGGCUCGGCCGGCAACACCCUGAGCUCGGCCGGCAACACCCCGGGCCUUCACCGGCAACACCCCGGGCUCGGCCGGCAACACCCCGGGCUCGACCGGCAACACCCCAGGCCCGGCCGACAACACCCUGAGCUCGGCCUGCAACACCCCGGGCCUUCACCGGCAACACCCCGGGGCUCGGCCGGCAACACCCCGGGGCUCCGGUGGCAACACCCCGGGCUCGGCCGGCAACACCCCGGGCUCGGCCGGCAACACCCCGGGCUCGGCCGGCAACACCCUGGGUUCCACCGGCAACACCCCUGGGCUCGACCGACAACACCCCGGGCUCGGCCCGUAACACCCCGGGCUCGGCCGGCAACACCCCGGUCUCGGGAAGAACUACAUGCCUUAGUUGCCGAACAGAUUCCUACCGGGCCUGACUAG